AUGAAUAUUAAUCAAAAUUUACAAAUCUCUCCAUUUCAAACUUCAAAUCAAUAUCCAUCAAGAAUGACUAUCAUCGAUUAGAUCUCCCCCAUUAAAGAUAUCAUACCACAAUUCCCAAAUAGACCAAGUCAAAAUUAAACAAGAAAUAGUGCCAGAGAAAAACCUUAAUUAAUUACAACCAAAUCGCAAACUUGUAUUUAAAGUGAAACUAACAAAAUUAAAAAAAAGUCCAUCUUAUUAGAAGAUGAUGAAGAAGAACCUACCAAUAACAUCUCUAAAGCUAUUAAUCUCUUGGAUUCAUUGAAACUCAAAUACGAUAAUGUUCUUGAAUCGAAAAUUGAAACUAUUAUCAGCAUCCUUAGAGCAUAGGUCUUCGAUAAAGAAAACCGUCAUCCUGAUUAAGAGUUAAUAUAGUCAAUAACCUCUUUAUAAUUGGCCAAUAAAAAGCUUCAAAAUGAAUUACAAUUCAAAAAAAAUUCAAUUUUUGAGUUAGAAUCUUCUAUCAACAAACUAAAUAAUUAGAUUAAGUAGCUAUCGUAACACAACUAAGACCUAACUAAUGAUAAUUAGAAACUCAUGUAGUAAUUAAAGUAAAAAGAAUUGAAACAAGCAAAAAUUCCUGCGUUUUAAGCACAAGACCAUUUAUCAAAUAUUGAGAUUGUGCCUCAAUUUUAAUACGAUUAACAAUUUUAUUUAAAGAAUACAGGGCAAACCAUUCUCAAACAGAGAAUAGAAUCAAUAAUUAUGCCCUAUUCAAGGAGGGAUUUAGAAUAACCCUUAAGAGUGAAUGAUAGCAAACAAUAAAAAAAAUAAAUUAAUAGUCUCGUUUAAAGCAAUAAAUAUUUGGAAAUCAAGAACUAAAACACAAGUAAAUUGUAUGAAAAAUAAUUAAUCUCUAUUUGA